GCUGGGCCGGCUAAAACGCCGGCCCUUCAUUUCCGGUGGGGGUGCCGCGCCCAGUGAGGGCCCGGAAGUGGGUCGCGCGAAGGUUGCUGGGCGGUUCUUGCCGGAAGUGGAGAGCGGCUGGUCUCAGUCCCGAGGUGAGACUGAAGUCUGAGGUGGUACAUUAUGGCUGACAUGCAAAAUCUGGUAGAAAGAUUGGAGAGAGCGGUGGGCCGCCUGGAGGCAGUCUCCCAUGCAUCUGACACACACUGUGGGUAUGGAGACAGUGCUGCAAAAGCAGGAACAACUCCAUAUGUGCAAGCUUUUGACUCACUGCUGGCCGGUCCUGUGGCAGAGUACCUCAAGAUCAGUAAAGAGAUUGGGGGAGAUGUGCAGAAACAUGCGGAGAUGGUCCACACAGGUCUGAAGUUAGAGCGAGCUCUCCUGGUUACAGCCUCUCAGUGCCAGCAGCCAGCAGGCAACAAGCUUUCUGAUUUGUUGGCACCCAUCUCUGAGCAGAUCCAAGAAGUGGUGACCUUUCGAGAGAAGAACCGAGGCAGCAAGUUGUUCAAUCACCUGUCAGCUGUCAGCGAAAGUAUCCAGGCCCUGGGUUGGGUGGCAGUGGCUCCCAAGCCUGGUCCCUAUGUGAAGGAAAUGAAUGAUGCUGCCAUGUUUUAUACAAAUCGAGUCCUCAAGGAGUACAAAGAUGUGGAUAAAAAGCAUGUGGACUGGGUCAAAGCUUACUUGAGUAUAUGGACAGAACUGCAGGCUUACAUUAAGGAGUUCCAUACCACCGGACUGGCCUGGAGCAGAACGGGGCCUGUGGCAAAAGAACUGAGUGGCCUGCCGUCUGGACCCUCUGCUGGAUCUGGUCCUCCUCCUCCCCCUCCAGGCCCACCUCCCCCCCCAGCCCCCACCGGUUCAGGCUCAGAUGACUCUGCCUCACGCUCAGCACUGUUUGCGCAGAUUAAUCAGGGGGAGAGCAUCACACAUGCCCUGAAACACGUAUCCGAUGACAUGAAGACUCACAAGAACCCUGCCUUGAAGUCUCAGAGUGGUCCAAUACGAAGUGGCCCCAAACCCUUCUCUGCACCUAAACCAGAUCCCCCCAAACCAGUCACAAAGAAGGAGCCAGCUCUACUUGAACUGGAGGGCAAGAAGUGGAGAGUGGAAAACCAGGAGAAUGUUUCCAACCUGGUGAUAGAGGAUACAGAACUGAAACAGGUGGCUUACAUAUUCAAGUGUGUGAACUCGACAUUGCAAAUCAAGGGCAAAAUUAACUCCAUUACAGUAGAUAACUGUAAGAAACUCGGUCUGGUGUUUGAUGACGUGGUGGGCAUUGUGGAGAUAAUCAAUAGUAAGGAUGUCAAAGUUCAGGUAAUGGGUAAAGUGCCAACCAUUUCUAUCAACAAAACAGAUGGCUGCCAUGUAUACCUGAGCAAGAGCUCCCUGGAUUGUGAGAUAGUCAGUGCCAAAUCUUCUGAGAUGAAUGUCCUCAUUCCUACAGAAGGCGGUGACUUCAAUGAGUUCCCAGUCCCUGAGCAGUUCAAGACCCUAUGGAAUGGGCAGAAGUUGGUCACCACAGUGACAGAAAUUGCUGGAUAAGCCAAGUGCCACUGGGUUCCUUGCCCUCUCCCUCACACCAUGGGAUAAACCUGUAUCAAGAUGGUUCUUUUUUAGAUUUCCUCUACCUUUCUGCUCUUAAACUGCUUCUCUGCUUCGAGAAGCACAGCUACCUGCCUUCACUGAAAUAUACCUCAGGCUGAGAUUUGGGGUGGGAUAGCAGGUCAGUUGAUCUUCCGCAGGAAGGUGCAGCUCUUUCACAUCAGCUCAACCACACCACCAGUCCAUUCUUAAGCAACUGCAGACCAGGACAGGUGUGCUUUAGCUUUCAGCCUUUGGGGUUAUUUGACCAACAAAGUCUUGGGAGAAAUAUAGCAGUCCCAGGAAUUAACAGGUCAGAAUGUUCACACAAGUUAACAUUUUUCUAACAAGUGUGGAGGUAACAGAAGCUGAUCCUAGUUAGUUCUUCUAACUUAAACUAAUUUUCACUAUUGACAAGUGAGGCAGGAGAGGGACCAAAGGCUGAAGCUUGGCCAUCUAGCAUUCCUAGCAAAAUGGUUUACUGUAAGCAUUCCUUUUCUUCUGCAUUCCAUCCUGCACCUGCCCAAACCUGACAGUAGGUUGUCCUGUGUUAGCUGCUGUGGUGGUGCCCUGCACCCAGGCCAGCUAAAGGAGUCUUGGACCCUUUCUCUCUCAGGCCCCUGCCCAGCACCUUCCUACAGAGAUGACUUAAAAAGAGUGGGAAAAAAAGGGAAAACCGCACCAUUCCCAGAAAUCUGGCUUCCCUUUCUCUUUCCAUUCUAGGUGCCCAUCAUCCAUCUUCACUGCUUCCAUGGCCCUGUCAUACUCACAACUUUUGGCUUCUUUCUGGGCACCUGAACAAAGGACUAAAAUCUCCACUGCAGGCUGUUUUUAGGUCUUGUGUAAAAAUCUUGCACAGCCUUGCUAAUGCAAAUUUCAGUUUUUCCUCUAGGACAAACACUUUACCAAAAUAUGCAACUUUUUUUGGUGGGAAGAGAGAUUGUCCUGUGAUUUCUACCCAUUUCCUGAGGCCUGUGGAAAUAAACCUUUAUGUACUUAAAGUUAUACAGAAAAUAGAAUAAAAUUAAUACCAAACUC